GCUUCAUCGAUCACAAGUUCCAUUUGCGAUAAAACUUUUGGUUAAUUCUCUUUCGAGUUGGGAUCUUUCUUUAAACUUUCUCGAGAAAAAUGUCUUGCUGCGGAGGAAACUGUGGUUGUGGAUCUGCCUGCACGUGCGUCAACGGUUGUUGUGGAGGUUGCAAAAAGUACCCUGACUUAGGCUUUUCCGGCGAGACAACCACGAGUGAGACUUUUGUCUCUGGCGUUGCACCGGCUAUGAAGAACCAGUACGAGGCUUCCGGCGAGAGUAACGCCGAGAACGAUGGAUGUACAUGCAAGUGUGGAUCUGACUGCAAGUGUGAUCCUUGCACCUGUAAAUGAGUAAAACCCUUUUUAAGAAAGGCAGAGAUAAUCAGUUUGUCUUUUUAGUUAAGUAAUAAUACUACCGCAAUGAUCGUUUUAUUAGGUUUUGCUUUUUAUGUUUAAUAAUGGGCUGCAACGUUGUCUUUCUUUCGUUUGUGUCUUUGGUCUGUCUCUGCCAAUUUGUGACCAUUAUAUAUAUGAUGAGCCACUUUGAUUUAUCUCUA